AUGGCUUCCUCUUACUAUUUUGUGAUUGCGACACUGGUAGCUACUUGUCUACACGUGAUAAACGCCGCGUCUACUAGCGACUUCCAAGCAAAAUGUCUCUCGUUGAAGCCUAGGCAGUACAUCCGCAACUCAACGCGUACAGUCUUAGAAUAUGUACCUGGAGGGACCAAUCUUACUUUCCCUGACAAUGUCGCUUCUUGUUCGCGGCCCAACCAGGUUGUUGCGUCUGAUAUAUGUCGGCUUGCAUUAAGCAUUCCAACAUCCCAUCGGUCAAGCAUUACCUUUGAAGCGUGGCUGCCUCGCGACUGGACUGGUCGGUUCUUGGGAACUGGAAAUGGCGGUAUUGAUGGCUGCAUAAAAUAUGAAGAUCUGGCGUAUGGCUCAUCGCAGGGGUUUGCAACGGUCGGGUCGAACAACGGGCACAAUGGUACUACUGCCAUCGCCAUGCUGAACAACCUUGAUGUCACCACAGACUUUGCGUGGAGAUCACUGCAUAAAAUGGUGACGUCUGGCAAGAAAUUGACUAAGGCGUUCUAUCAAAAAUCACCCACAAAGUCUUACUAUAUGGGAUGCUCAUUAGGCGGUCGGCAAGGCAUCAAAGCCGCGGAGAUAUUCCCCCAUGAUUUCGAUGGAAUUGUGGCCGGGUCUCCGGCCGUCGAUUUUAACAAUCUGGUUUCAUGGAGGGCAAGUUUCUUCCCAAUCACAGGAUCUGUCAAUUCAAGCAACUUUAUUACAGCUGAUACAUGGGAUACAUUAAUCCACAAUGAGGUUCUCAAUCAAUGCGAUGGCCUCGACGGCGUUCUUGACGGCAUUAUUGAGGAUCCAACAAUUUGUAGCUUUCGUCCGGAGGCCAUGGCGUGUUCUGGACCAACUAAUACAACAGAUUGUUUAACGCCAACUCAAGUGGAGAUAGUGAAGAGAGUAUUUAGUCCAUUCCUCCGCGAAGACGGCGAACUCAUCUAUCCGGCCAUGCAGCCUGGGAGUGAAAUCUAUGCUGCAGAGAAGCUAUAUGCUGGUGCACCAUUUUCCUAUUCAGAUGACUGGUUCAAAUAUGUCGUCUAUAGUAAUCCUAAUUGGAACGCCUCUACAUUCAAUCUCAAAGACACCGCUGCUGCUGAAGCGUUGAACCCAGGCGAUAUCCAAACCUGGCCCUCUUCUCUGGCCACCUUUCAGUCGAUAGGCGGCAAAAUGAUCUCAUUUCACGGCCAACAAGACAAUCAGAUUACGUCUUUCAACACGCCUCGCUUCUACGACCAUCUCCUGCGGGGCAUGCGGGCAACAACGUCUGAAUUAGACGAGUUUUUCCGUUUUUUUCGAAUCUCUGGAAUGUAUCAUUGCAACUCGGGUCCCGGGGCAUGGGUUCUUGGUCAGGGCGGCGGGGCUUCUGCUAAAGGAAUCCCAUUCGUGCCGCAGAACAAUGUGCUCGCAGCGUUGGUCGCCUGGGUUGAGAACGGCACUGCACCAGAGACUAUCACAGGAACGAAGUUCAAAAACGAUGAUCCCACUCAGGGGAUUUCUUUACAGCGGUCUCAUUGCAAAUACCCACUAAGAAAUACGUAUCUUGGUGGCAAUUCCUCCCGUCCAGAAAGCUGGGCUUGCUUGCCAACGGGAACCAUCGAACUUUAG